CGAUGAGCCGACCAACAGAUACUCAUCUUUCUUUGUUGCAUGUCUAUACACAUUUAUAUAUAGCAACUUAGUACUAAAUUUUACCUGAUAUUAGGAUGGCCUUAUCUCAUAGGUUUAAGUAUCUGUCCGAAAUUGGGGCAGACCAGGGAGUUGGUUGGACACCAAUAUAUAUAUUAAGCUUUUGGAUGGCCUAAUGUGUGUGUGUGUGUGAUGUGUAUAUAUAACCAAAAUUAUAAGGUUGAUUGUUGGUUUUCCAUGUGUGGGGUGUUAGUGUAUCCAAUCUUCUGCAAUGGUGAGUCUCAUCUGAGGCAUGCCCGACACCUCUCCAUCCCCUUUUGUGGUAACUUCUCUACCUGCCUGUCGGUGGAUAUUUGGAACUUCUCACACUCAACUCUCCCUCCCUCUCUCUCUCUCUCUCUCUCUCUCUCUGUGUCAGUUGCCUGUUCUAUAUAUAUAUAUAUAUAUAUAUGGUAUAUAUCUCCUGCCCUCCCCUCUUUGUCUGAUCUAUCUCUGGCCCCCAGAAAGAAGAUACUAAUAAUAAUGGGUGAAGGAGGAGGAGAAGGGAAGGCAGCAAAACAGGAUGAAGCAAAGCUAGGGAAGGUGGCAGCUGAAGAGAAGAAGGCAGCAGAGGAUCAAGAGAAGAAAAAUGAAGAGAAAGCAGAGGAUGAUGAAAAUAAGAAAGGGAAAGAGGAGAAGGCAGAAGAAGAGCCAAAGCCGCCGACACCACCACCUGCCCCUCUCAUAUUGCAUGUGGACUUGCACUGUGUUGGGUGCGUCAAGAAAAUCAAGACCUUUCUCCUCAAAACUAGAGGAGUGGAGGAGGUGGAAGUGGACAUGGAACAAAACCAAGUGAAGAUCAAAGGAGUAGUGAGCCCUCAGUCACUGUGCGAUAAAAUCAGCAAGAAAACAAAGAGGAGGGCCAAUGUCAUCCAUCCAUUACCAUCUGCUGAAGGGGACCCACUUCCCGAACUUGUCAUCUCUCAGGUGAGUGGACUGGCCACAGUGGAACUUAGUGUCUACGUGCACUGCGAGGGCUGUGCCAAACAACUCCAGAGAAAGAUCCUCAAAAUGAGAGGUACGUGUACAGGCGGACCAAGAAGCAAGCCCAGAUCAUCCCGCAGCCCGAACCUGUGCCGAAGCCUGAGCCCGAGAAGAAAGAAGAGGGGAAGGGAGCUGGGGAACAGCCUGAAGAGAUCAAGAAGGGAUCAGAUGAAGAUGGUAAUGAUAAAGAAGAGAAGAAAGAAGAAGGUGAUCACAAGGGAGGAUUAGACGGCAAGGAAGGUAAAGAAGAAAGAUCAGAGGAAGAUCAUCAGAAGGACGGACCCAAGCAGGAGGAAUCGUCAUUAGGAUGUAAUAAUGAUGAAGGGAAAAUUCUCAUCAUUAAUAACGAUUAUGAUUAUAAUUAUGAUGAGGAGGAGAUUAUGAAGAGACUGAGGUUUAAUUAUCCUCAACCGAUUUACAUCAUCGAGAGAAUCCCUCCUCAACCCUUCAGCGAUGAGAACCUUAACUCGUACUGUUGCAUUUCCUAGUCGGGAAUCUCGAUAUUAAUUUGUAUCUUAACCAAUCAUGGGUUAAUAAAUUCCAGAAGUUGUUCCUA